UGCAACACUGAUCGGCACAGCUGUUCAGAGUUUUGGGUCGUGGAUGGGGGGAGAUUUUCUUUGGGCUAUUCAGUAUUAUUUCGAUUGUGGAUCUGUUUACUUCGCGGAAAGUCAAGUGCUCGCCGUUUAAUUAGCUCCCACUUGGCUCUUGUGUGUACUUAUCCAACGAGUGCAAGUGACCGACGUCCAGAGAGCAACGUACGGGAUACGGAGCUCCGACAAAGGCUUCCCGCUUUCAGUGGUCCGGUGACUUUCGCCGGAGUAGUGACUCCGUCCCAUAAAGCGAGUUGAACAAAAAGCCCCCCGCCGCUCGUUAAAAAGUGUCAUGAGACAAUAAAGGAGCAAAAAGAAAGAAAGGAAAAGCGACGAGAAGAGUGAAGCUCCUUUGUCGCAUCUCUGGAAGCAAAGUAGAGAGCGAUGACGGAUAGCGUGGAGCUGAGGAACAAGUACGGCAAGCCGCUGCUUUACGACCGGAAUUUCACGGGACCCCGGCAAAGGGAUCGCAGCUGCACGGAUGUGCCCUGCCUGCUGCUCUUCGUACUCUUUCUUGGAGGAUGGGCCUUUAUCGCCCAUUACGCCAUCAAGAACGGCGAUCUCAACAAGCUGCUGGUGCCCACGGACUCCGACAACCGGAAGUGCGGCAUGGACUCCGGGGUGCUGAACAAGGAGAACCUAUUCUUUUUCGACUUGAACCAGUGCAUUGAUCCAAUUGUACCCCUCACUGGAUGUAAAACUCCACAGAUUUGUGUGGAGACUUGUCCCAAGGAGACGUUCGUCUGGAAAACCAUGAAGGACAAACUGAGUUUUGCGGAGCUGCACAGUCGCCUCAUCUGCUUGACAGAGGAGCACAAAGCGCAGAUUCGCACCAAAUCGGACAUUCAGAAUGCCAUUGACCGAAACGAGUGUGCAAGCUGGUACAUCAAGAGUGCUCCAUUCCUCAAACGAUGCCUUUUUGAGUUUUCCCAGGGCGUGUGUGAUUAUAUUCCCUCCUACCUGCUACGUGGGGGAAAAUCGGAGCGGGAGCUGCGACAGCUGCCCGGAAACGCCACCACAGAAGUCCAACUGCAGGCCCGGGUCAUGGCCCAGGCUCUACUUGCUCCGCAGGCGAACAAUAAACAGACUCCAGUGGACGAGGAGCCGAUCAUCCAGUGCAAGCGCAGACUCAACGAGGCUGUCAUCAAGGAAAAGAUGAUGCAAACUGACAAGAGGCUAACCAAGCUCGUGGGUAACAUGGUAGCCCACUUCUACAAUGGCACUAACGACGCCCAAGUCUUGGGAGAAAAGAUUGUCGAGGAUCUGAUAAACUCUUGGUCUAUCGUUCUGGUGGCAUGCUUCUGCACCCUGAUUGCCUCACUGAUCUAUAUCGCUCUAAUGCGCUGGCUCUCCGCUCCGAUCCUCUGGUUCUCCAUCUUUGGCGUGCUUAUUGGCCUACUGGCGGGCAUUUACGAAACCGUAAAAGAGUACAGGCGCUGGGAGACGACGGCUACGGUCCCCGAACACGGUUUAAAUCUGCACUCCACGGUCAAAAAUGUUUUGCAGAACAAAAACACCUGGCUCUACCUGUCCAUCUUCUUAGGGGUAAGCUUCGUGGUUAUCCUGUUGCUGGUAAUUGUGCUAAGAAAGCGCAUCCGCAUAGCAAUCGCCCUAACCAAGGAGGGCAGCAAGGCGGUGAGCAGCGUGAUCAGCACCGUGUUCUUCCCCAUCUUCUCCUGGGUACUCUUCAUUGCCGCCAUAGCGUUUGCCAUUGGAGUGGGCCUGUAUCUGGGCUCCAUUGGAGAUCCUUCUUUUCGAAUGGUGCGUCAGCUGACGAAAAGUGGUGAAGUGACCAACGAGGACUGCAUCUGCGAAGGUCCAGCCAUCAACUACACAGUGGGCGGAUCCUGCGACCCGAAAGUGUUCCAACAAUAUUGCAGCGUUCUCCAGAACCGGCAUCCUUGCUUGAAAACCACCUGCAGCUUUGACUCGAUUAAUAAUCCGAUUAUUAUUAAGUGGGCCAUCUUCUACAACGUCUUUGGCUUCCUGUGGCUUAGCUUUUUCAUCUCCGCCUUCAGCUACAUGGUGCUGGCCUCCACCUUUGCCCGCUGGUAUUGGACCUUUAAGAAGAGGGAUGUGCCCUACUUCACCCUGACAAGGGCUUUCUGCCAAACCGCUUUCUACCACCUGGGCACUGUGGCCUUCGGCUCACUCAUCCUGGCCAUCGUCCGGCUAAUCCGCCUGGUGCUGGAAUACAUACACGAGAAGCUGAAGAAGUACGACAAUGCUGUGACACGGGCCAUCCUCUGCUGCAUGCGCUGCUUCUUCUGGCUGCUGGAGAACUUCCUGAAGUUCCUCAAUCGGAAUGCCUACAUUAUGUGCGCCAUUCAUGGCAAGAACUUUUGCUCCAGUGCUGCGGACUCGUUUAACCUGAUUAUGAGGAACUUCCUGCGUGUGGUGACGCUCGAUCAGGUCACGGACUUUUUGUUCUUUUUGUCGAAACUGCUGCUAACCGCUGGCGCGGGGGCGUCCACCUACUUCUUCCUGGACAAUAAUCCGAAUAUUAUUAAACUAAAUUACUUCGCGGUGCCCACCGCGGUGGUGGUAAUUGCCGCCUUUCUCAUAACGAGCGUGUUCUUUGGUGUGUACUCGACGGCCGUGGAUACACUGUUUCUGUGCUUCCUGGAGGACUGCGAGCGGAACGACGGUUCGCCGGAGAAGCCGUUCUUCAUGUCCAAGCAGCUGAUGAAGAUUCUGGGCAAGAAGAACAACCUGCCGCCGCGUCAGCGCCGCGGAAAGUAGGCGAAACGGCAGUGCAAAUUAUAAGUUAAUUGAGAUGAAGCAUAUACAUAUAUAUAUAUAUAUUUAUUCUAGCCCAAAAUCGAAAGGGGUUGUGAGCGUUUGCUCAACCGGCUGCAAUAGGGUUUGCAUAAAAUGCACACACCUUUGCCAAUACUCUUAAUCUUUAAUCUAGUGUAUAUAAUACGCCAGUAUCCAUAUGUAAACGUUUUUUAUGCGGCUAGACAUGUGAUAGGCGCGGACCAUAAAGACCAAAAGCAGUACCAUACAAUAAUUUGUAUGCAGAGACACGAAAGUACACAUAUCUCACAUUCAUGCAGUCUAGGCUAACGAUAAACUUAUUUAAGUUUGAUUAUAAUUUUCGAAUUUAAUAAAAGUGAAUGCAUUGAAGUCA